UCCAUCUUCCGCAUCUCUCCCUCCUCAACAUCUCUCUGCUCUUUCCGCUCUGCUACACUAAAAUGACGGCCCUCAAAGACAAGUGGACACCACCGUCAAAGCAUGUUCCCCGCGCGCCGCCGAAGGGCGAUGUGAACGCCAUUCCCUGGCUCUUGGACGAUGCGCGCCCGCUCGCUUUCACCAACGCGUCCGUUGUGGAUGUUGAUGCGAAUCGCGUGCUUUACAAUCACACCGUUGUCGUCGUCAAGGGCGCUAUCAAGAGCGUAGAGAAGAGCUCGCACACCUCGUGGCCUGAUGACUAUCGCGUUGUCGACUGCAGCGGCCUCUACCUGUGCCCGGGGCUAGUGGACUGCCAUGUCCACAUUAAUAUGUCAGAUGGUCGUAUGCAACCACAUGUUGAGCCACACCUGCGGGCUACGUACACACUCAAGAGUAUGCUCGCUCGAGGGUUUACUACAGUGCGAGAUGUGGGCGGCGCGACCUUCUUCCAGAAGCAGGCAAUCGAGCAAUGGCUGACUCCCGGCCCACGGCUGUUCCAGGGAGGCCCGAUGAUGUCGCAGACUGGUGGGCACGGCGAUUCGCGAGCUCGCGAGGACGACGGAUGCUGCACGGGUGGGGGAUUCGGCGGACUGCUCGUUGAUGGUGUUACGGAGGCCACGCGCGAAGCCCGCAACCUCAUGCGCAAGGGCGCAGAUCAUAUCAAGAUCGCCACCUCUGGAGGCGUUUCUUCCCCCACCGACAAACUCGAUGGAAUCCAAUUGUCGCCUGAGGAGAUCCGCGCGAUCGUGGAAGUGGUCCGUGACAUGGGCGGCACGGGUGUCACUACCCAUGCGUACACAGCGGCAGCGAUCCGGCGGGCGGUGGAGAAUGGUGUCCGCGGCGUGGAGCAUGGAAACCUACUGGAUCGAGACACUGCCAAACUGAUGGCCAAGGCCGGUGCUUUCCUCACACCAACGCUUAUGAUCUCCACGGCUAAAGGGCGACCACCUUGGAACGACACACUACCAGAUUACAGCCGAGAGAAGAAUGCCAUGGUCCGGGACGCGGGCCGCAAAGCUAUCCAGAUUGCCGACGAGGAGGGCGUGUGCAUCUGCUACGGAACGGACCUCACCGCAGGAAUGGGUUAUCUUCAGUCCGAAGAGUUCACACAGCGCGCACAACUCCUUCCUUCGCACAAGGUGCUCGCUCACGCGACUACCAAUGCGGCGAAGAAUGUGAACGAUGAACGGAUUGGCGUGCUCAAGCCGGGCGCGUACGGCGAUCUCCUGGUGCUCGCGGCUAACCCUCUGGACGAUGUGCGCGUCCUCGACUCGCCAGGAGGUAUACUGGGUGUCGUGAAGGACGGCCGAGUUGUUGUUGCCAGGAAGCAGGUGGCCGACCAGGUUGCCCUCGAUGUGGUUCUGGGCGUCGAAGAUGCCGAGUAGCUGGGAAUGCCCCAGAUCAACGGAGCAGCAUAAGUGGCGAUGUUUGAUGAGCAUGUACUGGGCUCCCAGCCAAGUAUCCU